AUGAAGAUGAGACGGAUACUCCUUAUUAGAGAUGAGGUGGACGGGGUGGAGUCAGAUAAUAUGCAAAGAGAUGAAACGAUCAGUGUUCUUGAUGCGGGGAUGAAAAAAGGAGGAGAGGAAUCAAAGGCUGCAGCCCGCUGUGGGGUCAGGGGCUCGGGAGCUGGAUCAUCUCUGCUGUGGCAGAGUGUCGAUUUUCGCCCCCCAGUUCUAACCUCGGGCCUUGACUUCUCCGCUCAUAUCCAUCUCUUUAAUCUUCGGCAGCUCCACCUAAUGAGCAGCAUAGUUCAUCGAGUCAAGGAACAAUGGAUGCCUCUGUACUCCAUUGUCCCUCCGUGA